AAAAAUAGCUGUUUUAAGAUAGUGGUGCAAUAUUUUUAAAACUUAUUAAUGAUAUGUGAACUCUUGAGGUAGAAAUAAUUUUGAAAGAGAUUUAUUAAUUAAUUUAUUAUCUAUUUUACUUUACCAAGGAAAUAUCUCUUGAAAAUUAGACAAAAGAACUUUAAAGAAGAUAUGGAAAAGUUUUCAAUAAUGAUUUUCUACAUAGUGAUAAUAUUCACAAGUUUCUAUAAACAUGUGAUAUGCAACUCAAACUAUAACAGUCCCUGUCCAGAAGCUUUUCAAUACAGAACUGACUCAGAAGGAAGGUUGUAUGGCGAAAUAAGCAUAGAACCUGCACACCAUGAUGGAAGUAGCAUACAGAUAUCUGUAGAAAUGUCAGUAGCAAACAGUGUUCAGAGUUACUUAGGUAAAUUAGUACUAACAAAAUCUUUAAAAAGUGCUGUUAGUGAUAUGGAGCACAACAGACCUGUCCAGUACUGGCUAUAUUUUCCAGCCUGGCAUGUUAUUCCUCCAAAAAUAACGAAAAUAGAAGUUAACUGUAAUCAAAUUUGUAGCGGACCGAGUAUCUCAAUGGCCGCUGCAAACAUUAUCGUUACAAGUAUAAUACUCAAACACAAAUUUAGUUCUGGAUCAACUUUACCAGCAACAUGUUCAAGUCAGCAAAAAAACAAAAAUGAUUAUAAUAAUCACAAAUAUACAACCAAUAUAAGAAACGGUGGUUUAGUAACUGUCAUCUCUUCAGAUCACUCAACGAAAGAUUACCCACAUAAUAUAUUUUUUAACAGCAAAGAAAUGGAAGAACCACUGCCAAAUUCUCGACCUAUGAGAAACCCUUUUCCAGAUAACCCAUUUUUUGAUGGAACGUUAGAACUAAAAAAAUAUAAUUUUACCAUUCCUUAUCAAACCAAAACACCGAUCACUACCAAAGCACCGGAUCAGCCAUAUGCACAAAAUCCAUUUCUUUCUGGACUACUAUCUACACGUCAGCCUUCUACGCAACCAAAGCAAAAGCCAAUACAUAAUCAACCAUCACCUAAAAUACCUCUUCAGAUAAAUACCUCAAUAACUGGAUCUAUAGUACCUCAAAACAUUAAAAAUAAUGAUAUGAGUAAAAUCUGUGGACGACCAGUAGUUCCUACGCAUCUAAUUGUCAAAGGCCAGUCAGUACCAAGAGGAGCUUACCCUUGGUUGGUAGCUAUGUUCCUUAUUAUCAUUCAACAAGGCCAGAAAAAUGUCAGAUUAGAGUACAAGUAUAUUUGCGGUGGAUCACUUAUAUCUAAUAAACAUGUUGUUACUGACUACCGAACUGGAUCUGCAAACGCUGAUAUUGCACUACUUAAAUUUGAGGAUAUUGAGUUCAAUCCAAUAAUAAAACCACUUUGUUUGUGGGCAGGAGCAAAUGAAUUAAAUCUAAUUGUAGGCAGACAAGGAACUGUAGUAGGGUGGGGAAGAGAUGAAAACAAAGACAUGUCUCAAUUGAGACAGCUCAAUCUCCCGAUAGUGAGCCAAGAGAAAUGUCUUAGAAGCGACAAGAGUCCAGGAGGAUCUUUUCUACGAAUUACAUCUGAAAAAACAUUUUGUGCUGGUUUUAGAAAUGGAUCUGGACCAUGUGACGGAGACAGUGGCUCAGGCUUUCUACUAAACAAAAAUGGAGUAUUUUUUCUAAGAGGCAUUGUUUCCACAGCAUUAAUGGACCCUGUAACGCAUUCCUGCAAUUUGGAUGAAUACGUAGUAUUCACAGAUGCCAGCAAAUAUUCUAGUUGGCUUUUGAAUGAAAUUACGUAGCAUUUGAAACCAUGUAGCUAAAGUUACCUGUCACAACAUAAAAUAAAAAACUGUACAAAAAAAAUUCUGUAAAUAUGUA